UUUGCCCGUUUUUCCGUCAUGCAGAUCAUCCAGUUUCCUACAAACAACACACGAUACGAGCAGAGGGUAAUACACAGAAUUACCAAAAUACCCUUCUAAGGUCUGGUCUGGUGGUAUAUUACUAUAUUAGAGCUCUGCUUCUUCUUCUUCUUCCUUCUUCCCUACGAGGACUUUCUGGUUUGGGUUGUUGACUGAAGCCGUGACAAAAACUACCAUCUGGGUACUACAGAGGAAUCGAAAUCAGAAUGUGGGUACGAAGAAUUUUGCACUGAAUAUAUAAAUAUACACAUAUAUUGGACUCGGCCUCGAAAUGGGUUUGUUCUGAAAUUUCUAUUUUGGUCUUCGCUUUUUCGCUUGUUCGUGAUCAAAUUCGAUAUGGGUUUUGCGAGAAAAUGGAAGUUUGAUUUAGGUUUUGUAGACGGGAAAGAAUUUUUCAUUAGUUGAUAUUCUUUUGUUUCGAUUUAAGUUGAUGGUGAUAUUAUACAGGGUGAUUCAAGACUGAAAGGUCUUUUCUUCUUCUAUUUUUUUUUGGGUAUUUUUCAAUUUUAGAGAUUGUAUAUUUAUUCGAAACGAGUUUCUGGAUGAUAUGUGACCGAGCUGAGUGGAAAUAUUUACUGGGAUUUUUUCAUGUUUUAGAGAAAAGAAUUGGAUUCUGUGAAUAAAAACAUUGCAUGUUUGUUUUGGUUUCGUCGAUAUAGUAAUUUUCUGUGAAAAUGUCCGGUGGAACGCCGGUUGCCGGUGGAUUUAUGAGACAGAGGCAUAGCCAGGGUUAUGCUUCUAGUGGUGAUGAUCUUGAGGAUGAUGCGUGCUCUAGGAUGCGACCUUCAAUGGAGCCAACUCCGAGAAUUUGGUCACGAAUGGAGAUUUUGGAGAACAUACUUUGGCUUAUUUCAGCAGCCUUUAUUGUCUAUUUUGGUGAUAGGCAUUCCAACUUGAUAUAUCUUCUCUGGCAUGAUGGUCGAAUCAGAAGAAUGCCUUUAUACAUUGGGAUGGUAGGGGUGGUUUUGAAUUUUACCAUCUUUUGUUAUACAACUAUACUAGCAUGGAGUGCUAGGAGAUUUGAUGAAAAAUGGGAAAUAACAAGUACAUCUGCUCUGCCGUUUGUCACUCUUCUUGGAAUGAUCUCCUAUUGUUUGUUCACUUUUGCUUUGUGGCCAAUAUGGGGUUUCUUAACACUUCCACUUUUGUUCACGUUGUUUAUGGCAUACAUGAUUACGUUACCUUACUUCAUAAUUGGGACAUUUAGGCCACAAGAUGACGAGUUCCGUACAGAUUAAAUUUACUCGAAUUCAAGAUUGGACAGAUUUUACGAACAUGGACAAUUUUUAUGAAGAUAAAGAAGCUCUCAUCAAGCCAUAGAUAGUUAGACUUGCAUCAGUUAUACGUCCUUUUGUUCGUGAAGCUUCUGAUGUCCUAUUUUCAAGUUGACAACCACCACCGGCAACAAGUUGAUAGUCUUUUAAUCAAUCAACCUUGAUUUUUACAUGUCCUCCUUAAUUUGACAGUAGUACUGAUGAUAUUAGUGAUGGGGUUUCUACUUAACUUGUACUGAAACGGUUGGCAUGUGAUUUUGUAUUCAGUCCGGUGAGGAUAAUCCAAUUUUACAGUUGUGUUGAUUCAAAGAAAAUUUCCUUUUAUACAGCAUCUUCUGUCACCUGAAGGUCUCUUGUCUGUCGUGUGGUUCAAAUUUGGAUUGGAAAUUGAUAUUGUGUUUUGGUUUCAUGUGUUUGGUCAUAAAAUUACAAUAUUCAUUCUAUGUUUUAAUAGCAGUUAAAAAAUAUCACUUGUUCCAAUUGCACCAAUUUUUGUAGCAUCA